CAUCCUUCUACCGCACCGAACCUCCGAAGAAGAAACCGAGGAAGUACCGGACUUGCAGCGGGAGGUGAGCGCUCUCAUUUUACCGGAGAAGCUCUCGGUUCCCGGUGUUCUCUUCUCCCGGCGUCACCGGAGCCCUCGGCGCUCCGCGGCGGGGAUAUCCGCGCCUUUAUCCGGUAACGAGCCGCGCCGUUACACCGGGGAGCCCGGAAGGUCAAGCUAAUGCUAAAGCUAGCAUCGCUCCACACGGUCCGUUCGGUUUUAUGAUGCGGGCACCGGGGGGCCCAAAUGAUGGCCCGAGGGCCUCCGGAGGUCCAGGUCGGACCCCGGUGUGUCCGCUGACAGAUGAAGGGCAGCUGAGGUAGUUUGGUACCGACGGUUCCGGAGAUGAGACACCACCAUGUAACCGCGAACAUUCCACCGUAUUCCGUUUAACAUUUGUCUGCUUUAGUACUUGUUCAAUUCCGGUCCGAAAGACAAAUCUGUGAAAACCGAACCGCACAUCAGAACCGACUCACUGGAAGCUGCUUUUCAAUGCGGCUGGAUUCAAAAUGAGUUUUUGUGCCGGUUAAAGUUGGAAAGUUGAGUCUAGUCCCGAACAGAACAGAACAGUUCAAGGAGAAACCAGCCUGCGUGGUCCGGACUGACGACAGGAAGCGACUCUUCUGGUUCUGUUGUCCAACAUGAUCAGAACCGUUUAGUUACUUAAAUAAGUGUCAGUUAACAAACUGUCACCAAACUCCAUUUAAAAAUCUGAUGAUUUGUCUCAUUCUUGCUUUUUGUUAGAAAUACGUGCAGUCAGCUGAUGAACAAAGAUCAGAAAUGAUUUAACAGAAGAUGUUUAUCAAGUCAGCUUGAACCAAAAACAUUUAUAACCUUAAAUGUGUACUUUAUGGAGUUUAAUAUUUCCAUCAUUUGGCUGUCAUCGAAGUGUAAAAGAAAAAGUGAAACCGUGGAACUGAAGCUGAUCUGUUGAUUCCUCUGAACACACGCUGACGUUUGAUUUGAGUGAAACCUGUUUUUGCAGCACUGUGAGAACAGCGGAGCGUCGCCAUGGUGCUGAGGGAGGUUCCCGCCGAGAACAUCGCCCGUCCUCUGGGCAGGAACGAGGUCAUCGGCCUGCUCUUCCGCCUGACCAUAUUUGGAGCGGUCACCUACUUCACCAUCAAGUGGAUGGUGGACGCCAUCGACCCAACGAGGAAGCAGAAGGUGGAGGCUCAGAAACAGGCCGAGAAGCUGAUGCGUCAGAUUGGAGUGAAGAAUGUGAAGCUGUCAGAGUACGAGAUGAGCAUCGCUGCUCACCUGGUGGAUCCGCUGAGCAUGCAGAUCACCUGGAGGGACAUCGCUGGGUUGGACGAGGUCAUCACCGAGCUGAAGGAGACGGUCAUCUUACCUGUCCAGAAGAGACACCUGUUCCAGGGAUCCAGACUGCUGCAGCCACCCAAAGGUGUGCUGCUGUACGGACCCCCUGGAUGUGGUAAAACGCUGAUCGCCAAGGCGACGGCCAAGGAGGCGGGGUUUCGCUUCAUCAAUCUGCAGCCGAGCACGCUGACAGACAAAUGGUACGGAGAGUCGCAGAAACUGGCUGCUGCUGUGUUCUCAUUGGCUGUCAAGCUGCAGCCGUCAAUCAUCUUCAUCGACGAGAUCGACUCGUUCCUGAGGAGUCGCUCCAGUUCUGACCACGAAGCGACGGCCAUGAUGAAGGCUCAGUUCAUGAGUCUGUGGGAUGGACUGGACACCGACCAUCACUGCCAGGUGAUCAUCAUGGGCGCCACCAACCGGCCCCAGGACCUGGACUCUGCCAUCCUGAGGAGGAUGCCCACCAGGUUCCACAUCAACCAGCCGAGUGUGCGACAGCGAGAACAGAUCCUGGGACUGAUCCUGGAGAACGAGAGCGUCGACUCGUCAGUGGAUCUAAGUGACGUUGCCAAGGAAACAGACGGUUUCUCAGGAAGUGACCUCAGAGAAAUGUGUCGUGAUGCGGCGCUGCUGUGUGUCCGAGACUUCGUCCACAGUCAGAGUGACAGUGCUUCAGAGGACUUCAUUCGUCCCAUCCAUCAGUCCGACCUGCAGAAGGCCAUCAGCAAGAUGAAGAAGUCCAAGUCGGCGGGCGGACACGGCGCCCUGCUGCACGCCGCUCUGGACUGAGCGCACUGAUCGCACGCCGAGCCGCGGGUUCGAUUCCCGACCCACAGCUGGUCUCCAUGUGCCACUGCUUUGUGUUUUUGUUUCACCAGCUGACCCGUCGUUGGCGCUCCGCUUCCACUAACGCCAGCGUGGAAGAAUCCAGAAGUGCAGGAACGUGGGCUGCAGGUUUCACUGUAAAUAAAGCCACAGGAGGGUCCGUCCUCCAGCGCCGUCAGAACCGCCGUCAGAACCGCCGGCCUCGUCCUCUUGUCUUUGUGCAUCUCAAACAGAAGCUGAGAAUCGCGUUUAAACCGGACCUCCACCAACACGCUCCUCUGACGUGGAUUAAAGCUGAGACCAGAAAGGGUUUCAGCAGAACCUUUAAUUCACGUCCGAGGAACGUCUGUAAACAUCCACAGCGGCGCCGUCAGCCUGGUGUGAACCUGCAGCCUCCAGGUCAAUAAUCAAUACGGGGAGUUAUCAGAAACAAUAGCUCUGGGACAGGUUUGUAAUUGACUCAAAUAAAAUCUGGUUUACUUUGGUUUAAUGGAAACAUCCUCGUUAAGGACGUUUGAUUAACGUGUGAUUCUUGGUGUUUGGUUAAAUUAUGUGGAGCUGAAGCUUCCAUGAAUCAUCAGCUUUCAUUUAAACUUCCGUCAUGGAUUAUUUAUUGGAACCUGUGUUUGUUAUUUCCGGUUCAGAGUUUUUGCUUCAUUCUCCUUUAAACUGGGUCGCAUCCUGGUUCUGGUCAGAACCCGCCGCCUGGUUCUCCUGUUUUAAAGUGUUUACUGUGUAAGAUAAAGACGUAACUGUGACAGACGCUCACCGUGUGAUUCUCAUCAAGUGUACUUUUCAUUUGGAUCUCCUGCAGUGGACGAACUUCCUGGUUCUGUGGGACAGAACCUCACGUCUUUAGAGUUUAGUUUGUCAGACGAGUCGAUGCCUUGUUUCUGCUGAUGGAGGAGAAAACCUGCAAACGUUCGCACUGUAAGAUCAGAACCUCCAGAAUCCUGCAUAGUUUAAACACAGGAGGGUUUUUAUUGGCUGUGAAGUGAUGAUGUAAUAAACUGCUCGAAACAUGUGACUGAUGA